AUGGUGCUCACGCUUCCCUUCCGUGCAUGCCGCUGGGGGGGGUACCUGGAGGAGCUGGUGCGUCUCCGGGAAUCCCAGCUGAAGGACCUGGAGGCGGAGAACAAGCGCCUGCAGAUGAGGCUGGAGGAGGUGAAGGUGCAGAACCAGCUGGAGAAGAGGGAGCUGGAGGGCGUCAUCCUGGAACUGCAGGAGCAGCUGACGGGCCUGAUCCCCUGUGAGAACACCCAGCUCUCCAAGGAGAUGGCCACGCCGCUGGUGAACCAGUGGCCGUCGCUGGGGACCCUCAAUGGGAACGAGAGCGGGUCAGACGCCAAGCUGUACAGGAGGCACAGCUUCAUGAGCACGGAUCAGCUGUCGGCGGAGAACAGCCUGAGCUCGGAUUCCCAGAGGCUGGGGGAGGGCAAGCAAGAAGGAGAGCCCUGGGGGCCAUUGGGGAAGGACCCCACCCCAUCCAUGCUGGGGCUCUGCGGCUCCCUGGCCUCCCUCCCAAGCUGUAGAUCCCUGGCCAGCCUGAAAUCUAACGAGUGCCUGGUGAGUGACAGCAACGAAGCCAGCCCCGCCCACAGCCCCAGUUGA